AAAAAUUCGACUGCGUGGGGGCGAUGAGUUUCCAAAUAGCCUUCGAAAGGGGGUCAAUAGUGGGGCAGGCGCGAAGCAACGCGAGCCAAAAUGUUGGUUUGCUGGGGUUCGUUGAGCUUGGCGAGGUCAACCCGUCAGCCUCACAGCUCAACAAGCGUUGUCUCUACACCGUAAGACAGAAGGACUUUCCUGCGAUCUCUCUUUUCCAUUGAUCUUUGCAAAGAAACAAUAAUAAUACGACGGAUACUUCCACCUAAUUUUUCCUCGUGGGUAGCUCCUUCCUACAAUCCCCAAUUCUCUGCCUUGUUAUUGUUGGAAUUCUCAACAUAUUACGUCGUUGCAGUGUUGCACCAGCUAAUCCCAGUCUGUACAGUACGAGUACGGCUGACCAAAGAAAAGGAAAAUCCACCUUCCAUCCCUCCUCCCCUUAUCAUCUCCCCCAGUCCUUCGGUCUCCGACACUUGUUCAACCUCUUCCAACAACUCCAUCCUCAACUCCAUCCUUUCAUCCGCAUCCCGCACUUCUUCGAUUAACCCAAGUCCGCCUUCCUUCCUUGCGACGAAGCAACCUUUCUCCCUUGGUCAGGGCCCCUUCACAAAUACAUCCAUACCAUCAUGUCCGCCGUCGUUGCAAAGAAGAUGCCAGAGAAGAAGCCCGUCAACUUCGGCAACUUGCUCCUGGGAGCUAGUCUGAAUAUGUUCGAGGUGACUACUCUGGGUCAGCCAUUGGAAGUCAUCAAGACUACUAUGGCUGCCAACAGAGGUGAUAGCUUUGCAGGAGCUCUUGCUAAAGUCUGGAGUCGUGGUGGUGUUCUAGGCUGUAAGUAUUCCAUGUGCAAAUGAUUGCAUCCCUCCUAUUUCAAUUGCAUUAAUAAUAGGGGAUCGAGGUGGCUAACGAGUGUCUCGCGCGCAAACAGUUUACCAAGGUCUUAUCCCAUGGGCCUGGAUCGAAGCUUCCACCAAAGGCGCCGUCCUCCUCUUCAUCGCAUCCGAAGCCGAAUACCACGCUCGAACCUUCGGAGCUGGCGACUUCACGGCUGGAAUUACGGGUGGUAUCACUGGUGGUGUCGCACAAGCAUAUGCCACGAUGGGUUUCUGCACCUGCAUGAAGACGGUUGAAAUCACCAAGCACAAGAUUGCGGCUUCGGGUGUCAAGCCACCAGGCACGUUUGCAACCUUCACGGAUAUCUGGAAAAAGGAGGGCAUUCGUGGCAUCAACAAGGGCGUCAACGCCGUGGCCAUUCGACAGAUGACUAAUUGGGGAUCCCGAUUCGGACUUAGUCGAUUGGCGGAACAGGGGAUCCGCAAGGCGACGGGCAAGGAAGAUGGUGCUAAGCUGGCGGCUUGGGAGAAGAUUACUGCCAGUGGUAUAGGUGGUGGACUUUCGGCUUGGAAUCAACCGAUUGAGGUUAUUCGGGUGGAGAUGCAGAGCAAGACUGUGGAUCCUAACCGUCCGGCGAAGAUGACGGUGGGUAACACGCUCAACUACAUCUACACCAACAAUGGGAUUAAGGGUUUGUAUCGUGGCGUUGUUCCACGAAUUGGGUUGGGCGUUUGGCAGACUAUUUGCAUGGUUGCAAUGGGUGAUAUGUAAGUUUGGUUGAGCUUCCAUUCUCCACUUUUGUGCAGCUUUCCCCACGAAGAUCCUCCCGCCAAUAUUCGGCAUCCAUGGCAAGACCUUAAACUAACUUAUGUUUUUCUUGCAGGGCUAAGACUUACGUCGAGAAGAUUACCGGCGAAUCGGUCACGGCUAAGCAUUAAAAGGCGUUUUGGUUUGAUUGGGAUGUAAAAAAGGUUUACACUUUUACGAACACAGAACCUUUCGGGAUUGAAGGGAUGACGAGGAUGAAGAUUCGCAUGAUGACUUUUCUUUGUGCGCAGAUAGAGAGAGCCAUGUUCUUUGCUUCUUGCUCUUUUGUUGCCUUUUUUAAGAGGAAUUACUACUUUUAUUAGAAUUUUUUUUACUCUUCUUCUACUUCUUAUGUUGGUGUUUGAAGAAGGGAGGGGGUAAGGCAGAGGAAGAGGGAUGGCUUUGAUAAUACAUAAUUGAAGAAAUGAGCCCUUGUCCUAC